UCGGCACGCAAAUAAUAUCGAUAAAUACCGGUUAGUCAUUAAGGAUCUCUAUAAAAAUGUCACGUCACUCUGUCCUUGUUAAAAGCUUGAAAUUUUUUACUUGAAAGUGUAAUUUUGCAAGUGUUGUAUAGAAAUGGCAUGAAAAUGAAUGAUUGGAGGAAGAUCCUUUCAGGAGAUUUCCCAUCUCUGGGACGUGAUAUGAAACGAUGUUAUUGAUCGUUUGGUGUGAAGUUUAAUGUCAUGCAAAGGACGAUGAGUCGGUCAGAGGGUUGAUUAUGUCCCUCGCGAGUACAGAGAGUUGAGAAUAAUGUGGAAAUGCGCGGUGCUGGUGUACCUAGUGGCCAGUUUUGUUGGUGGAGACAGGAGUGAUGUCUUGAUUGAUAUCGAAGGAUCGUCUUGGCUGCAGAAUGAACACCUCGGCGAGAUGAUUGAUCAUUCCUUCGAGGGCUCCAGGUGUUGCAAUGUCUUCGUCAAGGGGGAUAAUCGUGCACUUUUCCGACAGUUCAUCGAAUUAUAUGGGCAUGAUUACACCCUGGGGGCAAUCAAUCGCAAGUGUUAUGCGUAUUUUUUACUCGCCAAAGAUCCGGCGCACCUCAUCGCCGGCAUUGCAAAAAUUCCUACAAUUAUCGCAUUGACCCAAAUUCUCGUGAUUGUCGAUGCUGAAAUUACGGAGAAUUCUCGUCUAUUCAAUGUCUCAUUUUAUAAGAACGCGAACGUGAAUAUUAUUUCGCGAUCAGGCAUGUGGAGCCUAUCCGAGAUGUUCCUCCGUCCCAGAAUAUUCAAAAAUGUAGUCAGACCCUCAGAUAUGAGACACAGCCGGGGGAUUGUUAACUUGGAAGGCCGGCAAUUACAGGUCGCCACAUUUUAUGUCCCACCCCUGUCUUAUCUAUCAACCAGUGAUAACAAAACGGUGGAACAAGUCGAGGGGGAAUUUUUCUCAUCAAAUAAUCCACUGGAAUGGGACGGGGUUGAGGUGAAAUUAUUUAUGAUGAUGGCGAAGCGAUUGAAUUUUACGUGGAUGAUUCGAAAACCCAACGGGGGAUAUCGAUAUGGGAGAGCCAGGAAUUCCACGUGGGAGGGAGGAAUGAUAGGUCAAUUAUUCAGGAAAGAAGUGGAUCUUGCGUUUGGGGGAAUUUGGUUCAUGCACGAUCCGUACAGAUAUGUGAAUUUAUCAGUGCCCUGGUAUCAAGUGUCGAUUCACUUUCUGGUACCCCGACCCCAACCGAUCACCAACUUCUGGGCCCUAACCAGACCAAUUACCGUACAUGUCUGGAUUGCAGUGGUCACUACUGUCAUUGUCCAGAGCCUCCAUGUUUGGGUGAAGGCGUGGAUCAACCCUAAAGUACCUUCAAGAUUCAGAAGUUUCGCCAAUACCCUGACGGAAUUGAUCGGUCGACUGGUGGGCUUGUGGGCCCCUCAAAAAACCGAUGGCCUCAGAGUUCAGCUACACCUCUGGCAUUUCGCUGGACUUCUGAUUGUCACAGCUUAUUGCAGCAGUCUGGCUGCAAGACUCACCACUCCAGACUACGAGAACAGAAUCGACACACCUGACCAAUUUCUGAAAACUAAUCUGACGUGGGGGCGAGAGGGCCCAAUCCCCAAGUUCGAUGACUACUUCGAGGAGAAGUACCGUGAAAAAAUGAUGAGAAAAUUCAAGAGUGAAAAAUCGCUGGACGACAGGAAAGAAAAAAUAGACCGAGGAAAUUACGCCAUCGUUGGAAGAAUCAUCAAUUGCAUUUUCUUUCCCGAGAAUGACGUCAGCGCAUCCGAUCUUCGAGAUUACAGAGUGAUGAAAGAACCUUUCGGAAAAUACUACCUCUCAUUCGCGACUCAGCCCUGGCUUGUGUUGUCACUCAAUAAAAUGAUGACAAGAUUGAUAGAGCACGGUUUCACCGCCUUCCACUUGAAAGAUGUCAUUCACAGAAGAACGAGUACAAGUCUCCGAGAAGUUCUGAUUGAGCGCGAUGGUGAUAAUUCAGAUGGACCAGUUCCCUUGAAACUGAAACCCCUGGGGGCAGGGUUCAUCGUCCUGUUCCUCGGUCUCACGACAGCAACAAUCGUUUUCUACUUUGAAAUCAGGAGAAAGGACAAUGAUAAAUGGCCGUCCCGGCACCAUCGGAGAAGGCCUGAACACAAUUCAAAAAAUUGGAAUACUCGGAGAAGACCGCGGAACCCAUGUUCCAGAUUGAAUCCCGCAGCUGCACCGAAGACUGAAAUAUGGAGAAAUGGACCGAACGUUUCAAGCGAUUUCUUUCUCCUUCGUAAUCGUAACUCAAACCAAAUCAUUUUUCUAGAUGUACGCAUCCAUGAAUAAAUAAAUUAUUUAAAAUACUCACA